GCUGUCAUCUACAAGAGAGAAGAGACCAUUUACACCGGCUGCUUAGGAAACGCAGAAAAAAAGGGGAAAACGCUGAAAUAUGGCAACAUUUAAACGAUAAGGUCAUGACGCCGAACUGAAGGUAGCUAUACCCGACGAAACACCAGCUGUAGUUGCGUACUAACACGUUAGAGCAACGGCCGAGACCGAGCUGCGGCAUUUGGAGAUGUGAAAAAGAUGACAAGGAUUGGAUCAAGACUGCAGUGAAAGCCAAAAGACGACGGAAAAUUUACUGGGCGUCCUAAAUGGGGGACUACGGCUUUGGAGUUCUGGUGAAGAACGGCAGCGGCAACAAAUCUGCUUUCCCCGUUAGGAUUCCUCCGCACCUUCAAGCCCAGCACCCUCACCACCCGUCGAACCCUCCCAGCCCCCCUUCCUUCGUAAACAACACCUGCUCCACCAAUGGGGGCAGUGCUUGGCUGUUCCCUACUGUAGCCCAGCACAGUAACAUGCAAGAUGAGAUUCUGGAGUCGGACAAGUCCAAGGCUUUGGACCUACAAGACAUGCAGGAAAAGUCCCAGGCCCAGCCUCGAGCCCUGUCUCCAGGCCAGCAGGAGCCCGGUGGAGGUCUAGCGGAGCUCGAGGGAGCCCUUCCCGAGGAUGUCUCAGUGGAGAAGGGUUCCUUGGAGAGCAACAGUGGAAAGGAGAAGUUGAGAAUGGAGUCUCCAGUGUUGGGCACCUUCGAAUACCAGGACAACCUGGGAAUGGGUACAAGCUGUGCGCAGUCUGUCUCCUCCUCGUCUUCACUGACCACGUUUAACUGGUCCCCUGCGGUCCCAUCUACCCAGUCUCCAGUGAUUGGUGAAGAUGUUGGAGGGUUCUUUGGUCCUACUGGCUCCAACACAAACGGCCCUCCGCUUUUGUUUCCAAACUUCUCCCACCACGCUGGCCCUGGCUUUAGCGUAGGGGGUGGUUUCUCACCUCAGAUUGGACCAGUCUCCCAACAACACCCUCCUGCCCCACACCCCCACAGUCAGGGGGUUCCACAGCAGCAUCGACGCUCUCCAGCUAGUCCUCAUCAACCACAGCCUCCCUUCCCCCUGCAUCCCCAUCGCGCUGGACCGUUCACACAGCUACCCCAUCUUGCUCCGACUCAGAGCAAACCUCCCUCACCUUGGGGAAGCUACCAGAGCUUGUCCACUCCCACAUCCACCUCUUGGAGCCCUGGUGGAUAUGGCAGCUGGGGUGGGACACAAGGGGUUCGAGAUUACCGACGGGGCAUAGGAGGAGGGGUAACUGGCCUUAACUCCUUCUCCCCGCUGAAGAAGUCUUUCCCUAACAACCAGGUUCCCUCACAGAAGUUCCCCAGAAAUUCCUCUGGCAUUAAUCACAAGAGCUGGGUGGAGGACAGCGUGAGCCGCAAUGACGGUGUUUAUUCUUUCCAGGAGAGGACCCGGACUUUUGAUGGUUUCAGUAUGCAGUCUCUGGAGAACUCUUUGAUUGACAUUAUGAGGGCUGAACAAGAUUCCUUAAAAGGACGCUACAGCUUCUCUCAUCAGGGUGGAGAUGUGCCUCUACCUAUGAAUGCAAGAAGUUAUGGCAGGAGACGAGGUCAUUCGUCUCUGUUCCCUAUGGAGGAUGAGCGCUCAUUUGGAGAAGAUGAUUCUGGUGACCCGGGCCUUCCUGGUCUUGGUUCAGCACAUUGUUUCCCUCACCUCAACGGUGAACAUGUUGAGCGUUACUCAAGGAAAGUGUUUGUCGGAGGACUGCCACCAGACAUCGACGAAGAUGAAAUCACUGCCAGUUUCCGCAGAUUCGGACAUUUAUUUGUAGACUGGCCUCACAAGGCGGAGAGCAAGUCCUAUUUUCCACCCAAAGGAUAUGCGUUCCUGCUGUUUCAAGAUGAGAGCUCUGUCCAGGCUCUGAUUGAUGCCUGCAUUCAGGAAGACGGCAAACUUUACCUUUGUGUCUCCAGCCCCACCAUUAAAGACAAGCCUGUCCAGAUCCGGCCCUGGAACCUUAACGACAGUGAUUUUGUAAUGGACGGCUCUCAGCCAUUGGACCCAAGGAAGACCAUCUUUGUUGGAGGUGUUCCCCGUCCCCUACGUGCAGUUGAGCUGGCCAUGAUCAUGGACCGUCUGUAUGGGGGAGUGUGUUAUGCCGGGAUCGACACAGACCCGGAGCUCAAGUAUCCAAAAGGUGCAGGGAGGGUGGCCUUCUCCAAUCAGCAAAGCUACAUUGCAGCCAUUAGCGCCCGAUUUGUUCAGCUGCAGCACGGGGAGAUUGAUAAACGGGUGGAAGUGAAGCCAUAUGUCCUGGAUGACCAGCUGUGCGACGAGUGUCAGGGCACUCGCUGCGGGGGGAAGUUUGCCCCCUUCUUCUGCGCCAACGUGACCUGUCUGCAGUACUACUGUGAGUACUGCUGGGCAGCCAUCCACUCUCGGGCUGGCCGCGAGUUCCACAAGCCGCUGGUGAAGGAGGGAGGGGACCGGCCGCGACACAUCUCCUUCCGCUGGAACUAAAGCUAAACGGACGGGGGAGGGACUACGGGAAAAUUAGGGCAGGG